AUGCAAGACCUCCUGCCACCGCCUCAGUUCGGGCCACACGGCUGCGAGAUCACUACCCCCGGCUUCAGUCACCGAGCACCGAUUCAGUCAGGUGCUCUGCAAAUUGGCUCGCCGGCUCGCCGCUCGCGCACCACUUCCGUCCCGGCGCAGCUGCUAAUCGGAGUCCCCGAUGCCCAUCCGGCCGUCUCUCUGCAACUCUCCACUCCGAUUGAUGAAGACAUGCUGUUGAACCUUGCUCACCAAAAUUACAAAGCUGGGAACUAUAAACAGGCACUAGAACAUAGCAAGACUGUAUAUGAGCGAAAUCCACGCCGCACGGAUAACCUUCUCUUGUUGGGUGCAGUUUAUUAUCAGUUGCAAGACUUUGAUUUGUGCAUUGCGAAGAAUGAAGAAGCUCUUCGAAUUGAUCCACAAUUUGCUGAGUGCUAUGGAAAUAUGGCUAACGCCUGGAAGGAGAAAGGGAAUAUUGAUGUGGCCAUUCGCUAUUACUUGAUUGCUAUUGAGCUUCGGCCUAAUUUUGCUGAUGCUUGGUCGAACUUAUCUAGUGCUUACAUGAGAAAAGGAAGGCUAACUGAGGCUGCUCAAUGUUGUCGUCAAGCUCUUGCUCUAAAUCCUCGCUUGGUUGAUGCUCAUAGUAACCUUGGGAAUCUGAUGAAAGCGCAAGGAUUAAUGCAAGAGGCAUACAAUUGUUACUUAGAUGCGCUUGGCAUUCAGCCUACUUUUGCAAUUGCAUGGUCCAACCUUGCUGGUCUUUUUAUGGAGGCUGGAGAUUAUAACAGGGCCUUGCAGUACUACAAGGAAGCUGUCAAGCUGAAGCCAAACUUCUCGGAUGCUUAUUUGAAUUUGGGAAAUGUUUACAAGGCAUUGGGAAUGCCACAGGAGGCUAUAGUAUGCUAUCAACGAGCUCUUCAGUCACGGCCAGAUAAUGCUAUGGCUUUCGGCAACUUGGCUAGUGUUUACUAUGAGCAGAGUAACCUUGAUAUGGCAAUACUCAACUACAAGAGAGCGAUUGCCUGUGAUGCUGGAUUCCUGGAGGCAUACAAUAACUUGGGUAAUGCAUUGAAAGAUGCUGGAAGAGUAGAAGAAGCAAUUAACUGUUACCGACAAUGCCUGUCUCUGCAACCAAAUCAUCCUCAAGCACUUACCAAUCUUGGAAAUAUAUAUAUGGAGUGGAACAUGAUGAGUGCUGCAGCGCAAUGCUACAAAGCAACACUAACUGUUACAACAGGGCUUUCUGCACCUUUUAAUAAUUUAGCAAUAAUAUACAAACAGCAGGGUAGUUAUGCGGAUGCAAUUUCUUGCUACAAUGAGGUUCUCAGAAUUGAUCCAAUGGCAGUUGAUGGUCUUGUCAAUCGGGGAAAUACUUACAAAGAAAUUGGACGAGUUACUGAAGCAAUUCAAGACUAUAUGCGUGCUAUUGCCAUCCGACCAACCAUGGCAGAGGCCCAUGCUAAUUUGGCUUCCGCUUACAAGGACAGUGGUCAUGUUGAAAAUGCAAUCAAAAGCUAUAAGCAAGCUUUGGUGUUGCGUCCAGAUUUUCCAGAAGCCACUUGUAAUCUUCUUCACACUUUGCAGUGCGUUUGCGACUGGGAUGAUCGAGAGAAGAUGUUUAUUGAAGUAGAAGGGAUACUCAGGAGACAGAUUAAGAUGUCAGUGAUUCCAAGCGUGCAACCUUUCCACGCAAUAGCUUAUCCUCUUGACCCCAUGCUCGCAUUAGAGAUCAGUUGGAAAUAUGCUGCACAUUGUUCAGUUGUAGCAUCCCGUUUUUCACUUCCUCCUUUUAGCCAUCCUUCUCCAUUACCUGUAAGGGGUGGAGGCAGGAAUGGCCGUUUAAGAGUUGGAUACGUGAGCAGUGACUUUGGCAAUCAUCCUUUAUCUCACCUCAUGGGUUCGGUAUUUGGGAUGCAUGACCGAGAAAAUGUGGAGGUUUUCUGCUAUGCAUUAAGCCCAAAUGAUGGUUCUGAGUGGAGGCUGCGAAUCCAAUCAGAAGCAGAACAUUUUAUUGAUGUGUCUUCUAUGGCAUCUGAUAUGAUUGCAAGGAUGAUUAAUGAGGAUCAGAUACAGAUUCUUAUCAACCUUAAUGGUUAUACUAAGGGUGCAAGAAAUGAAAUAUUUGCCAUGCAGCCUGCUCCUAUUCAGGUUUCCUAUAUGGGAUUUCCUGGUACGACAGGAGCGAGCUACAUCCACUAUUUGGUUUCUGAUGAGUUUGUAUCUCCUAUGUGUUACUCUCACAUAUAUUCUGAGAAGAUUGUUCAUCUGCCUCAUUGCUAUUUUGUAAAUGAUUAUAAACAGAAAAAUCUCGAUGUACUGGAUUCAAGCUGCAAACCGAAGCGAUCAGACUAUGGGCUGCCUGAGGACAAAUUUAUAUUUGCUUGUUUCAAUCAACUUUACAAGAUGGACCCUGAGAUAUUUACAACCUGGUGCAAUAUUCUUAAGCGUGUCCCAAAUAGUGCGCUUUGGCUUCUUAAAUUUCCGGCCGCAGGCGAGAUGAGGCUUCAUGCUCGUGCUGCUGCCCAGGGUGUGCAGUCGGACCAAAUAAUUUUCACAGAUGUUGCUAUGAAACAGGAGCAUAUCAGACGCAGUGCAUUAGCAGACCUAUUUCUUGAUACGCCUCUUUGCAAUGCACAUACUACUGGCACGGACGUUCUCUGGGCUGGUCUACCUAUGAUUACUCUUCCCCUUGAGAAAAUGGCUACCAGAGUUGCAGGUUCACUGUGUUUGGCAACAGGACUUGGGGAACAGAUGAUUGUGAGCAGCAUGAAAGAGUACGAGGAGAAGGCUGUUGCAUUGGCACUGAAUCGUCCAAAGCUCCAAGAUCUCACCAACAGGUUGAAGGCUGCACGAUUAGCUUGCCCUCUUUUUGACACUACACGCUGGGUGAGAAAUUUGGAACGUGCUUACUUCAAGAUGUGGAAUUUGUACUGCUCUGGUCAACAUCCUCAACACUUCAAAGUUUGUGAGAACGACUCGGAAUUUCCUUAUGAUCGGUAG